AUGCCUCCCCUCCCCAUCCCCCCCUUCGCCGAAACCCAACAAACCCUCCUCCUCGCCGAACACCAAGCAGAAGUCUCCUCCUCCAAGCUCGCCACAACAGCCGCCUCCGCCUCGCCCUCCACCCGCCGCACCCUCCAAGCAACCGGCUAUGCCCUCACAGGACUAAUCCUCUCGCAAUGCCGCACGGGCAUGGGCGGCCGCGUGGUCGGCGAGUUCGUCGCGGACCCGGCGACGGCUGCGGCGGGUGAGAAGGGCGAGGCGCUGCUGGGGACGCAUGGGAUGAGGGUUGGGGAUGUGGUGCGGGCGAGUGAGGUUGGGUCUGGUUCUUCUGGUGGGGUGAAGAAGGGUGGGAAGGAGAAGGAGAAGGAGGGUUUGAAAGAGAAGGCGCUGGAGGGGGUGAUUACGCGCGUUGUUGGGGAGAAGAGUGUCUGGGUGGCCUUUGGGCAACGCGGGGGUGGGGGAAAGGCGAAGGAGGAUGAUGAGGUUGUUGAGGAGUUGUGGGGGAAGAAGGUUUGGUUGGUUAAACUUGCGAAUGAUGUUACGUAUCGACGAAUGAACCAGACUAUGGAGAAGAUGGCGAAAAUGACCGACUCGGAUCACACCCACUUUAUGCGCGUCGCGUUCGGCCAUACGACGCCUCUACAACCCGACUACGAAGCUAUCGGCGACAUAGAGUUCCAAGACCCCUCGCUGAACGACUCCCAGAAAGAAGCGAUCCGGUUCGCGCUCGCGUCGAGGGACAUCGCGCUCAUCCACGGCCCCCCUGGGACAGGCAAAACGCACACUUUGAUCGAGCUUAUUCUGCAGAUGGUGCGGCGAGGACAGCGGGUGCUCGUGUGCGGCCCGUCGAACAUCUCCGUGGAUAACAUUGUUGAAAGGCUGGCGCCCAAGAAGGUCCCCGUCGUCCGCGUCGGUCAUCCAGCGCGUCUGCUGCCGUCCGUGCUGGACCACUCGCUGGAGGUGUUGACCCACACGUCCGAGGCGGCUGCCAUUGUGCGUGAUGUCCGCACCGAGAUCGACCAGAAGCAGGCGAGUAUCCGCAAGACGCGGGCGGCGCGGGAGCGACGGGCUAUCUACAGCGAUCUGAAGGAGUUGCGGAAGGAGUACCGCGAGCGCGAGUCCAAGUGUGUGGACAACCUCGUCCGCGAGAGUAGCGUCGUGCUGGCGACGCUGCAUGGCGCCGGCGGGCACCAGGUCAAAAACCAGAAGUUCGACGUGGUCAUCAUCGACGAGGCCAGUCAGGCGCUGGAGGCGCAGUGCUGGAUCCCGCUGCUGGGUGCGUCGCGGGUGGUGCUCGCGGGCGACCACCUGCAACUGCCCCCGACGGUCAAGUCCGCCCCGAAACCCUCCGAGACCAAAGGCGACACGACCGACGGCGACAUACAGACAAAGCUGCCCAACGUGUCCCUUGAAACGACCCUGUUCGAUCGCCUGCUGAAGAUCCACGGCGCGAGCAUCAAGCGCAUGCUGACGACGCAGUAUCGCAUGCACGAGCGUAUCAUGCGCUUUCCGUCCGAUGAGCUGUACGAGGGGAAGCUCAUGGCCGCGGAGUCUGUCCAAUCACGCCUCCUCAAAGACCUCCCGUAUGACGUGGAGGAGACGGACGACACCAAAGAGCCCGUGGUGUUCUGGGACACGCAGGGCGGGGACUUCCCUGAAAAGCCCGAGGACGACGGAAUCCAGAAGAAGGGCAAUCUACUCGGCGAGAGCAAGAGCAACGAGAUGGAGGCGUUGAUCGUCGCCAGGCACGUGGAGAACCUCAUCCAGGCGGGUGUGCGGCCCGAGGACGUCGCCGUGAUUACGCCAUACAAUGGCCAAUUAGCGGUGCUGUCGAAGAUGCUGCGGGACAAGUUCCCGGGGCUGGAACUGGGGAGUGUCGAUGGGUUCCAGGGCCGCGAGAAAGAGGCGGUCGUCGUCAGUCUAGUGCGCAGCAAUGGCGAUAAGGAAGUGGGGUUUUUGGCGGAGAAACGUCGGCUGAAUGUGGCCAUGACGCGACCCAAACGGCAUCUGUGUCUGUGUGGCGACUCUGAAACCAUCAGCCAGGGCAGCAGCUUUCUCAAGCACUGGAUGGCGUUUCUGGAAGAGCACUCGGAUCUUAGGUAUCCUGACGCGGGUGAACUACUGUGA